AUGGCUGAUUCGGUAGCUGCAUUUACGGUUGGGCUCAUCUCUCACAACCAAGGCAAUUCAAGUGCUCAUGUAGCAGAAGUAGAUGAAGGACUUCAAGCUUUUUGGUCCUCAUUUCUCUUACUACAUCUUGGUGGUCCGGACACCAUUACCGCUUUCUCUCUCGAGGACAGUUCACUUUGGCCACGACAUCUGCUUAGUUUCGUCUUCCAAGUCUAUACUGCCAUCUACGUUUUUCUGCGGAUAUUUCCUAACAACAAGUCGCUGGUGAUCCCAACGAUCUUGGUGUUUCUCGCAGGGGUUAUCAAAAUUGCGGAGAGGACAUUGGCACUUUAUCUCUCGAGCUUCCCAAGGAUUAGGGAAUCAACGCUUUUAGACAAGGAGAUAAGAAUGGCCGUAGACUCACAAUUGCUUGAAGAACUCAAUGUUCUAGGGUAUGAACAUGGAAGUUUUGAUGAAGAAAGCGCAAAGCUUGAUGAGAGCAUUGUGGUAAAGCAUGCUUACUCAUUCUUUCAAAUCUUUAGGGUCUUCAUUGUAGAUCUCAUCUUUACAAAACAACAACGUGAAAUGAGCCGUAAAUAUUUUGCCAAAGUUUCUGCGAUGGAUGCGUUGAGGGUGAUAUCAGUUGAACUCGAUUUCAUUUAUGAAAAGCUCCACACAAAAGCAUUGACAAUACGUCACAAGUGGAGCUACAUUUUCCGCAUCAUAACUUGCACUAGCAUUGCGGUGGCUUUGGGCGAGUUCAAUCGCUUGAAGAAGUAUCAGCUCCUCGAACUUGAUGUGAAAAUUACUCAUAUUCUUCUUUUCGGAGGGAUUAUUCUUGAUGGGAUAGCUUUGUUGAUGCUUGUUUUUUCCGAUUGGACUGUUGCUGGAGUCAAGCAUAACACCACAGGGUUUUCUAAACUAGAUUCAUUUCUCAACAAGUUGGUAUCCACCACGGAUUACCUAAGGAAGCCCAGAUACGCCACAUGGGAAGUAGAACCUAACACCAAUGUUUCUUACAAGGUUAUAGAUACACCAUUAAUAUUUCGAAGGUGGUCAGAAUCCAUUUCUGCUUGCAACCUUUUUUCUGAGGCAUUGAGGAAGAAUCCGAGAAAGAUAUGUAAAUGCAAUCAGUUCAGGGGCAUCGUUGUUUUUAAAAAUAUAUGUAGUUUUCCAUUUCAAAUGGUUGGCAAGAUCAUCUCUUGUGUCUAUGAAGCUGUUCGUAUGGUUGAUAGAUUUUGUGGUAAAAGAUCAAUGAUUGCCAAUGCGCAAUACGUUUCCAAGAAUCCGUUUAUUAACAAGCUAUGGAUCUUUCUCUUUAACAAGGUGAAAGAAAAAUCUAGGAAUGCAGAUAUUCCGGAAACGGUGAGCCAAAUAGUUAAGGCUAGUGGUAAUGUGUUUUUACCAGCGAGAUUGCUGACGAGCAAUCUCAGUGAAAUUUCUGAGCAUAUCAAUAAGGCUAAUUUCCACAUCCAUAUUAUAAGGGCACACAUUGCUACUGAAAUUUGGUACAAUAUAGAGAUAUGCAUCGGAAGAAAUGAUGAAAGAGAAUUUAGUAAGAUCCUUUCUGAUUAUAUGUUGUAUCUUCUACUUAAUCAACCUAAUGUGAUGUCUGCUGUGGCAACGGUUGGCAUUGCCCAAAAGAAAUCAGCAGAUACGCUGCGCGAGCUUCGGCACCUGAUUGUCAGUGAUGAGACCAAGGAUCUGGAAAGGAUUUGCAAAAAAUUGUACAACAGAGUGGGCCCUCGAGCAGGGGCCGUGUUGGGUGGUAUUAAUCAUUCGGAAUCCGCGCUCGGCAAAGGGUUCGAUAUGGCCCUACGAAUGGAAGAUCUUGGGAAAAUGAAGUGGAAUUUCUUGAGCGGACAAUGGUUUGGGAUGUUGCAAUAUGCGGCAGUUAAUAUUAAGGGAGAGGCACAUGUGCAGGUGUUGAGCAAAGGGGGAGAGCUUCUUGCCUUUGUUUGGCUGUUGAUGGCUCAUUUCGGUUGCUUCUACAAACCUGAAUGGGGCAUGUAUUACGAAUUCUGGGAUGAGUGGGGUAAGCUUCUAGAUUAA